GACAUGAGCGCCUUUUCCAGAUGCUGGCCCGUCGGGCCCGCCGCGCGGCCGCCCAGUGGGCGCUGCUGUCACUGUGCCUGCUCGCCUCCGCCACAGGAUCGCCGGAGCGCCAUGUCGCCGCCAGCUCGCCGCCCGACGUGGUGGUCACCGCGACGUCGGCGCCGGCCCGCGAGGCAACGCGGACGCCGUACCCCGCCAGCCCCGCGGCCAGCCCGUCAGGGAGUACGACGCCCUCCUCUGCGACGACGAAUGCAACCCCAGCAGCAACGGCCUCGACGUCACGGGCUGCCGUGGGCGCGGAGCGAACAAGUCGACCCGGGGUGAUCCCGGACGGGCCUCCGCCCGGAGCCGGGGCUGACGGACCCGCUGCUUUGACGGCGUCGCCACCCUCCACGGCGCUGGCGUCAACCACGGCGUCGUCACCUCCGACGGCACCAGUGUCAACCUCUGCUCCGGCGUUAACCACGGUGUCGCCUCCACCCACCGCGGGGUCGUCGUCAACCACGGAGUCGCCUCCAACUCAGGGGACGCCGGUGGUCCCAACGACGCCCCCGACGCCGGCCACCGCGCCCACUACGGCGCCGCCCUUGGUGACGGCCGCCACGACCGCGUCGACCGCCGCGGCCGCGACCACCGAUGCCUCAUCUAGCGGGUCGCCCCCGACGCUGACCGCCUACUCCGGCGAUGGCUUCCUCCAGCGCAGUCGUCUGGAGGGGGGCGGCCCGCUGGAGGCCCUCCAGACGCCCCUCCAGAGCCCUUCGCCGCCUCCCGGCCUCGCGGUCACCGUGGAAGUCGACAAGCUGCCGCGCCUGCCGGGCGCCACCGCCACCGAGGCCACGACCCUCGCUGACGCCAAGGUCACGCCCACCGCGACGCUCUUCAACCUGGCCGAGAACGUCAUCAGCGGCUUCGCCGUCAUGGUGCUGCAGUCGCAGGUGCAUGUCGACGAGCCGGGCGCCGUGGACGGCAAGCACGCCGAUCAGAAGGCCAACCACCUGCUGGAGGACCUGGUGUUCAAGCCCGAGCCCAUGCACUUCGCUACGCCCAACAACACCGUGGUCCUAGCUCAGCGUGGCACCACUGCCUACCUGCCCUGCGUCAUCAAGAACAUCGCCGACGGGCUGGUGACCUGGCUGAGGCGGCGGGACCACCACCUGCUCACCGUCGCCCGCGGAGGGUACGCCCAGGACGAGCGCUUCCAGGUCGUCCACGACAAGCACCCCGAGGACUGGACAAUGCAGCUCAAGUUUGUGACGGACCGGGACACUGGCCGCUACGAGUGCCAGGUCUCGACCCACCCCCCGGUCAGCAUCUACAUCCACCUCAAGGUCGUAGAGGCCCGCUGCGCCAUCGAGGGCCCCGUGGAGAAGUUCGUGCGCUCCGGGUCGCAGCUGCGCCUGGUGUGCCACAUAGACCAGUGCACGACGGAGCCCGAGUUUAUGUUCUGGUACAAGGACGGCAUCAUGGUCAACUUCGACCAGCACAACGUUUACCAGGUGGUGGUGGACCUGCCCAACAACACGACGGUCUUGGUGGUGGAGCGCGUGACCCGCGCCCAGACCGGCAACUACACGUGCGAGGCGGCCCAGGCCAAGCCCACCAGCAUCAGCCUGCACGUCAUCAGCGGGGAGAACCCGGCGGCCAUGCAGACCGGGGGCGGCGGCAUCGCCCAGCAGCCGCUGUGGCUGCUCGCGCUGCUGGUCGUGACGGGCGUACGCCUGGCCCUCGGCUGAGGGUCUCGGACGAGGACCCACGCGACGAGGGCGCCGGAGGACGUCAAGGACCACCCCACCAGCAGCCCGUCGCGCCUCACCUUCUCGACUGUCCGCACAGAAGGCCACCGCGUGCUCUCCCAAAGCCUGCGGCCCUUUUCCUUUCUCUCUCUCUCUCUUACUCCCCCUCUCUGGGGGGGAUAAGGCCCACUAGACUGGUGUUGUUUGUGUUUCGCUGUGUUUGCUCGUGGGCGAGAGAGGUUUUUUUUGUGCUUUCUUUUUUAACGUUAUUGAUAUUUGAUAGUUGGUGAUUGUCCGGCGCCGUGCAUAGCGCCCGGCGAAAAGUGUACGACUGUGAUGAAACGUUUUAAGUUUUCGCUCUACUCUAGGCGUAUUGUCUCUCGCGUUUGCUUCUCCGGCUGGCCCGGCAGGGAGGACAGAAUUGCUUUCGAACCUCCCCGACGGGCAGCCCGCGCUCAUUGUUCGUAUACUAUUAAACCCCCACUCUUAAAUGGCGCGCAACGGCCUUAACUUAAGAAUGAAUCAUACUAAAGCUCAAAAAUUAUUUUUCUAAAGUCUUCUUGGACGGCGCGCUCACACACCCCUAGGAUUUAAGAUUGGCGCGCUCUGUCCCUAAACAGUGCAUCUUGGCCAUUGCUUCUCGUCUCUCUCUCUCUCUCUCUCUCUCUCUCUCUCUCUCUCUCUCUC